GGGGAGUUUGGGUUUUUAUAGAAAAUUUUAUUCAACAUACAUUUUCCAGCAAAAAGGCAAUAUACAGGAAUAGUUGUCGUACACUGCUGCUACACUGAGGAUUUUAAACUGGAAAAGAUCAAAUUAACGGUGUGAUUCUGCAGGUUAUCGUUGCACUGCACUUUUUUUUUUUUAAGACAAAACCAAUGCAGUUAGUUUUGGGGGAAAAAAAGAAAAAAGAAAAUCCAAAAUGCAACAGAAAAAAAUCGUCAAUGUUACAUCAGGAACGCAAGAAAAAGAAAAACCCUACACAAGAAAUAUGAACACCUGGCUCCUUCUGUACCUAACAACAAAAGGCGUGUUUCUCUUUUAAUUUUACACGUUCAUAUUUUUUUAAAUAUACAAUUCUUAAAUGUUGUCUUUACAGAUCCUGCUAUGCACUAUUAGGGGAGCAUUCCAUCUGUGCUUUAAAAAAGAAAAAUGAAUUCAUAGGGAUUAACGUUUCUUACAAUGCUGGUUUUGUCUCUACACAAUCUUCAAACUAGUGUUCUGCAGCUCUCUAGCAAGCACAGCGCAGUUACUGCCUCCGACCACCAGGGGGCGACAGAUCUCACUGGAGAGAGAAGAUGGCCAAGCUCGUGUUUGUGUUUAGAGGAGGAAUGACUGAUUAAGACAUUAACUGCCCCCCUCCCGAUAAACAAAACAGGAAGAGAAAGUCAAGGGGGUAAUGUCCUUGCAUGUGUUCCUUUAAAGUCACGGAGCAACUCGACCACAAGCAGAAUGUACGUGUGUCCGUCCUGAGAAACCUCGGACAUUAAGUGCCGAUGUGCAAGAUGAAAUACAGACAAAUAUCCUCCUUGUUUGUUUUUUUUCUUCCCCCAUUUAUUUUUAAACAGAUGCUGUGAAUUGUUAUUAUACAAGAUCUGCAGAAAGAGACAAAAACAAAAAAAUGAAUUCAUUUUUCCUCCAACCAAACUAAAGUGAGAAACAAUUGCGCGUAAACUCAGAAACACUUGCUUUGUUGCACUAAAAAAAAAAAAGGAAGGGAGCAACAAAACAAAAAAAGUGUAAAGAACCACAUCGGGGUAACUAGUGAGCCUCAGGAUAGUUCAGUUGCAAAAAAACAAAAUGUCUCCCCCUCUUUGUCAGUUAGUCCUCGCAAACAUCCUUCCAUCAAACUCUCCGCGGUACGACGCCUCUUCAAACAACUUUAAGAACAACCCCCAAAAAGAUCUGACGGGGCAACAAACUCUGGUGAGUGGUGGGAGGAGGAAGUCUGGACGUUAAUAUAAACAUACACACACAGAUGUAUAUACUUAUAUUCACACUGCGCUCCACUUCCUCUCUCCGCUCAUUUUAUAUUAAAAUCCAAUUUUACUUCCAGACAGGCAACAAAACAAAAAAAUAAACCCAGGCAGUCAACAGGUAGAGAAGCCGGGAAAAGAACGGAACAGCCUCAAACAUGGAUGGACACAAUAAAAAAAAGAAAAUAAACAACAUUAUCAACAGUCGGGAGGCGGUUGGUGCAGUUUAUUUUGUGUUUUGAAGGAUAAUCUGUCAGCUGCAAAUCAUCCACAUCGCUGGAGACGUAGUGUCGCUGUGGAUGUCUCGGUUGCCGUGGCAGCCAGUUUGAUGGACAGGGCCGGACGCAAAGCCCUGCUGUACGUGUCCAGCCUGCUGAUGUUCCUGUCCGCUCUGACUCUCACCAUGAUCUCCCACACCACAGCUUGCCCUCCGGGCCCCGCCCCUCCUAACCUCACCGUGGGUUUGGACUACAGCUCCCACAAUGCCUUUGGAGACACUUUGGCUGCCGGUCCCCAAACCGCAGCAGGCCUCAUCCCUCUCAUCAGCACCAUGGUGUUCAUAUUCGGAUACGCCAUGGGAUGGGGCCCAAUCACGUGGCUGCUCAUGUCCGAGGUGUUGCCGCUGGUUGCCAGGGCGUGGCCUCGGGUCUGUGUGUGACAGUCAGCUGGCUGACGGCCUUUGCGCUCACGCAGGCCUUCACGCACCUGGUGGACAGGUACGGCCUGUACCUGCCCUACCUGUGCUCCACGGUGGUGUGCGUGCUCUGCCUGCUGUUCAGCGCCGUGUGCGUGCCGGAGACUCGCGGCCGCUCGCUGGAAGAGAUCGAGAACUAUUUCAGGACGGGCCGAACGUUCACCAUCGGCAGGAGUCGGUCCACCGCGCAGUGAAACCGAAGCGUGGAGCUCAAAUAUACCUCAGAAACACGGCUACUGCAGUGUUUAUGUUUGUAUUAUUAUGUAAUAUAAUCAAUAUUAAAGGUCUAAGUAGCAUCUGAAAAACGGACAACUAGAAUAAUGACAUGAUCACUGAUUGUAAAAAGCAAUAAUAAUGUCCCAUUAAUACAUAAUUAUACAACACUAACACACAAUGUACCAACAGGAGAAGAUUUUUCUGUUAAUAAGAACACAUUUCCUCUUUAAAUACAUUUUAAUGUUCCAUGUGCUGACAAUCCUAUGUAUUCCUUUGAUCCAUGUUGUAUUCAUACAUGUAACAUUAAAUUCACUUGAGUGCUGA